CUUGUCUCCUUAUACCAAGCGGAAAGAUUUCCUCCGACGCGUCACUUCUUAGCUGAAUAACCACAGUUUUAGCAGACACAGGCACUUGAUGGAUUUCAACGAAUCCACAUCCUCGCAGCCCGAUAUCCGGGAGUUCGUAGCCGUAAUAUUGGCCGGCUUCGGUAACGAACUCUCGCCCUUAAGCAGUGAUGCUGGGGGUGAGCCAAGCCCAAAGGCCCUGCUUCCUAUCGCGAAUCAGCCGAUGCUGGAUUUUCCGCUUGCCUGGCUUGAACAGUCCGGAAUAAAAGACGUCAUCUUGAUCUGCCCAACGGCUCAACGGCAAGCGAUUUCGCACUACAUUCACUCAGGCAGCUCAACAUCGCUGCGAAUCAACCUACAUCCGUUCGAAGAAACGGACGACCUUAGUGUCGGAACAUGUGCAAUCCUCCGUCACUUUGCUCAUCUCAUACAACAAGACUUCGUCGUGCUUCCAUGCGAUUUCGUGCCCCCGCAGUCGCUUCCGCUUUCGAGAGUUCUGGACAAAUUUCGUACCGAGUCCGUGUCAGAUGGAUGUAUAGCGACAGCAUGCUGGUUUGCACCGCGGCGCUCUGAAAAAGGCGCAACACCGGAUGAAUGGGGCCAUUAUGAUCUCUCGACUCCGAUAGUUUACGACCAAGCAACGGGAACGCUCCUUCAUAUCGAUACUCCCGACGACAUCGAUCGCGAUAGCGAGGAGAUUGGACUACGAAUUGGCGCAAUAACAAAAUACCCUCGCACAAGGUUGUCUGCCAAUUUACAGGACUCGCACGUAUAUGUUUGCAGGCGGUCCGUACUGGACGCUUUGUCUGAGAAGCCCAACUUUGAUUCCAUCCGCGAGGAGUUCAUCCCUUGGCUGUGCAAGGUUCAAUAUCAGCGGACAAAGCGGGAACGCUAUGGAACAGUACUGAUGCCUAGAACGAAUACCUUAUCACAACAUGUUGCGCUGCAGCAUUCCACCUCCCGCGUGCCCGACGAGGUCCUAGAUGGAAAAUCCGGAGUGUCAUCACCACACGACAAGGAUAUGGCAUAUUCCUUACCUCCGUCGCCCACGGGUGACCAAGACCAGCAGAUGGCAAAUGCGAGCCUCCGUGUGGGACUUGUCAUUCAUAGGGAUCCUAUUGCCUAUGCCGCGAGAACGAACACACUACAGAGUUAUCUGGAGCUAAACCGAUCUUUCCUUUCGAAAACGCCAUACUCCCUACCCACGGAUCCGAAAGAUCGGUCCCUCAUAGAUCCUAAAGCUCAGAUAUCGAGCGAUUGCAUCGUCGGCGAGUCUACCCGUGUGGACGAGCGGACGACUAUCAAACGCUCAGUGAUCGGAAAGCAUUGCACUAUCGGUAAGAUGGCUAGAAUUGUUGGCUGCGUGCUUCUUGAUCAUUGUGUGGUCGAGGAUGGCGCUAAACUGGACAACUGCAUUAUGGGGAAGAACACAAAGGUUGGAAGCAAAGCCAGUCUCUCCUGGUGCGUUACGCAAGGUGGAUUCGAAGUGGAAACAGGAGGGGCAUACAAAAAUGAGAAGCUCGAAAUCUCUGAAUGGGCAGCUGGAGGAGGUAGCGAAGGUGAUGAAACUACAUCCGAGGACGAGGAGGACGGGGAGGAAGACAGCGAGGAAACUGAAGAGAGUGAAGACUAGCGUACAUAGUACCGGUUCUCAACAAAUACUCGUCGCAAUGUCUUCAUCAUACAAUAAAAAUCAUCACGACAGAGAUUGUACAGCAUAGACAGACUGUCUAUCACAACAUUUGCAUGCGCAUGUAUAUAUGACAAGCAGGAAGUCGUGAUAGGGGCUUAGCACAUAUCGUGACAGAAUGUGAAUCAUAUACGCUUCACCGAACCUGCUGAGCAACGCGACCAGGCAUCUGGUUACCCAAACCCUGAGCGAAACGCGUUCCCCGUCCAACUCUGGCACCACCACGUGCACCUCUUGAGCGCUCUGUUCGUCCUCUGCGCUCUUGUGCUUGCUCUCCCCGUUUGUCUCCCUUCGUACCAUCUCCUCUGUCGCCCCAACCACUGCUUCCUCCGAGCCUGUUAUCCAAAGUCUUCUCGUUCUGCUCUACCAUGGCGUUGAUCUUGUCUGCCAAGCUAAGCGAUAAUUGCUGACCACGAGAGAGCUCGAUGCGGUGGAAGACAAUAGCACCAGAAGAUUGGUCCAAGGAAGCCGACAGUUCUUCCGACCAGAUCAUCUUAGAAACUAUCGACGUAACCGUGCGUACAGGCAAUGAGAAGGUUCGCCCCAAAUGGACUAACGAGAGCGUGCUGUAAUGAGGCGCGUACGUGAAGAGAUACGUUCGCAGACCUUCCUCCUGUAUGCGCUUGGCGAGCAUUUCCUUCACGGAGGCAGCCUCAGGCAUCAGGCUCCAGAUCUUAAUGCUCUGGAUGAGGUCGCGGCACUUCUCCCACUCGCCAUCCUGUAGCGCCUUACUAGCCUGCAUAAUAUGGUCCCUGGUGCUCUCCGGCGGACCGGUGAAGAUCUGCCUGUCAGCGAAGUCCAACAAUCUUCGGAAUGGCUUCGAGAUCGCCUUCCGCUUCUGCUCUUCUGAGUCAAUGCUUGCCAGCAGCGGUAUCUCCACGAGCAUGCUCGAAACCAAGAACGCGGCUUCCAGCAGUUCCGUAUUUAUAUGCAUAUGGAAGGGGAGCUGUCGCUGACGUUCCGCUUUCUCUUGCUCUGGGGUCAUCACCUGGUACCUCUGCUGAUGAACACCCUGUGCGAGCAACUCCUUGACCCGCUGAGUAGUGAAGAUAUCCUGGAGAGUCGCCUGUGCUUCGCGGAUGAGGCCGCAUCGGAAUGCACACAAGCCCAAUUGCACCACCGUGCGAUUGUAUAGAAUCUGGGUGGCCACGUCAGCUGAGUGGACGGAUUCUUGUAAAUGUGACAUAAGGAACAUGUCCCGCGCAGUGUGAAACUCGUUGUGCAGGGCAUGAUGAUAUAUGUGGCUGAGCAUCGCCCGGGUCCGGAGAAGGGAAUUCGAGCCCUUGUACAGAUGCACGCAUAGGGUCUGGACUAGAGCGGUUGUCGAACCCUGAUUGACCAGUGAGAUGCUGGGUGCAACAUCUGAAGCUGCCAGGCCCGCUUCAAGAGCUUGAACCACGGGGUCGGGUUUGGAGUAGAUGUGCUCUAUUCGGCGCAUGAUCACCCGCGCAAGAGGGUCCUCUUGCUUCGUCUUCUCAUAGUAUGCCUGCGCGCGGCAUAUAGUAGAAUAAAGCCCCUUCUCAUCCUUCAGGCGAUCAACGUACUCCGUGCCAUGGGGGUCGAUAUUCUGCAGGCUCUUCGUGAACUCAUCAUCAAGGCGGUCCACAAAGCUGAUGAUGCUACCCCGGAUGCGCACCACGCCAUCCGGAGAUUCGGCUGGCGAGCGUUCAACAAGCUCGUCGUAAUCUUCCGUCGUCUCCUGCACGACGUACUCUGGCUGGGAAGCGACGAUUGACACCAGCUGGUCGAUCUCCUUCUGCGCGGAUACCCACGCCUCGGCGGGCAUAUGCGUAGCCGCAGAGGCAUUGUAAUCGAACCGCGAGGAAACGAGCACCAGCAGGACACGUAUCCGCUGGUAAGACGUGACAGCUACUUCAAGAAGUUUUUCCAGGAUUCGGAUUUGUUCUUGCCUGUCAGUGUUCUUCUUACCACGCGCUUCCUGAACCAUUUGUAGAUUCUUGAAGAUACCCUCCGUGGUGAACUGCAUCGCCCGACCGCCCCUGCCCACCGUAGUGAAGUCUUCGUCUGGUUGUUCUUCGCCCUCCGCAUCCCCGGCUGCAGCUCUCCUCCUUUCUGGCUUAGGUGCAGCGGCUGCAGGAGCGUUUGCGGCAUGGUAUGCCCUUUCGAAAGCCUCCGGAUCAGCCUGAUAGUCUUUGACUUCCUUCUCAUACUCCUUCACCGUCUUUUUCACUUUUUGCUUCAUCGCGGUCAGGGCACGCGCAUUGCUGGCGUUCAUUUUUUUCUUUGAUUCCUUCUCCUUGGACAAAGCCGUGUUGAGAGAGGAUUCGAGGUUGAUAAGAGUCCGGAUGAAGAAUGGAGGGACGGGUUCUGAGACGUUUUGCGAUCGCUGGACCAUACGCGCGAGCUUGUCGAAUUCACUAGAGAUGGCGACCCAAUCGUUGAUCUUGAGCGCAUUAUCCAUGAUUUUUCCAGUCGCCUCCAUCUCCUCAUAUCGCUUGUCUUUGGCGCUCUUCACGACACGCCUGACAUCGUCCUCAUCUUCCUCCUCACUGUCGCUCUCCGUCCUCAGGAACCUGGACCUCCUCUGAGCCUGACCCUCCUCUUCAUCCGACAUUUCCUCUUCAUCUUCGUCUGACUCGUCUGAAUCGGCAUCACUGGAAUCUGAGCCAGCUGUGCGCAGGAAUCGGGACAUGGCGGGCUUCGAGCCGGUCGCGGUAGGCUUGGGGGCAGCAUCCUCGUCGCCGCUGGACAUGAGCUCCUCCUCAGAGGAGGACUCGGAGUCGGAGUCAGAAUCGCCUGCUUGUCUGAAGAAACGAGACAUUGUGAUGGACGAUGAAGGCUGCUUUGCAGGCUGCAGUCAAGAGGACAAAACUUUG